CAUCUCUCCCCUUGCUCAACUACUUGUUCGUCGUUCUCUCACAAGUGGUCAUAUAGCACAUGCUCUGUUUUGGUUACUUUCCCAAAAUAGUGGCAAUCACCAGUUUAGCCAGCGUUACCACUUGAUGUUAGCGUCAUUGCUAAGUACUUGUGGAUCAACCAAACGACAGCAUUUUUUGUACCAAGAGCAUGUUGUCAGACUUUUAGAAAACGUUGCAGAAAAAGUAAAGGGAGAAAUGAUGUCAAACCGACAGACAGUACUAAUGCGUGAAUUACAGUGUGUGUCUACUGAACUGGAAGAUGCAUUUAGUUUGCCAUUAAAUGCAGGCAUGGAAGUGGCAGGCCUUAAUGUUUCAUCUUGUUCUUACUUUUCAUCAAAUACAGUGCCAUUGUCCCUUGUAUUUUUCAACUCUGAUAUGUUUGGUGAUGAUAUCAGGGGAAUAUUCAAGAUAGGAGAUGAUCUGCGUCAAGAUGCUCUUGUCAUCCAAAUGAUCAGAAUAAUGGACAAGCUUUGGAUAAGAGAUGGAUUAGACUUACGUAUUGUUACAUAUGAUUGUAUGCCUACUGGGAAAGAUGCAGGCAUGCUGGAAAUGGUCAGUGAGUCAGAAACUUUGAGAAAGAUCCAGACAUUGCAUGGGCUGACAGGCUCCUUUAAAGAUCGACCUCUUGCAGACUGGUUGAUGCGUUACAAUACGACUGACUUAGAUUAUAGGCGGGCAGUUGACAACUUUACUCUAUCAUGUGCUGGAUACUGUGUGGCUACAUAUGUGUUGGGCAUUUGCGACCGCCACAAUGACAACAUUAUGAUUUGCAAGACUGGGCAUCUAUUUCAUAUUGAUUUUGCCAAAAUUUUGGGAAACUCUCAGAUGUUUGGUGCAAUUAGACGAGAUCGUGUGCCGUUUGUACUGACACCUGAUAUGGCUUAUGUCAUAAAUGGAGGUGACAGACAAAGUCGUAAAUUCCACCAAUUUGUUGAUGUCUGCUGUCAUGCUUUCAAUCUGCUUCGCAAGCACAGGAGUCUUUUUGUGAACUUGUUUGCACUGAUGUUGUCAUCUGGUAUACCUGGGUUGUCACAAAUUGAGGAUGUUAGCUAUAUACACGAAGCAUUGCUACCAAAUGUCAGUGAUACUGAAGCAACACAGUCUUUCACACAAUUCAUUGAAGAGAGCCUAGGAUCAUUGUCUACCCAACUCAACUUUUUUAUACACAACUUGGCACAAAUGAGAUUUUCUGGUCAUUCAGAAUCUCCUAGUUUGUUAUCAUUUGCCCAUGACACUUUCUCUCUGGAGAUAGAUGGAAAGAUUGCAUCAGCAGAAGUGACAGGUUUUGAGAAACGGUAUCAGCCAGCCAAAUUUUAUGUGUAUAUAAUCACAGUGAGAAGAGAUGGCAGUAAAGGCAAUUCUGUUUCUGUUUACCGGCGUUACAGUGAAUUCCAUGAACUGCACUCAAAACUGUGUGAACAGUUUCCAGAGCAAGUGCUUCCACCAUUUCCUUCAAAAAUAUAUGUUGGCCGUUCUCAUACAAGGCAAGUUGCAGAAAGAAGAGAGAAAGAGCUGAACAACUACUUGCAGUCAAUAUUUCAGAUGAAAGAAAGCAUUGCUGAAUCACAUAUUUUGUAUACAUUUCUGCAUUGCUUUCUACGAGACGAACAAGAUGCAGCAGCAGGACACUCUGAGCUAACGCUGCAUCAUGGUGACUGUCUGGUUGCUGGUGAGGUGAAGUUGUGUCUUUCAUACAACAAGGACAAGAGUCAGCUAACAGCAGUUGUUAAGCAUGCUCGUGACUUGGUGUCUAGCAAUGAAAAUAGUUUGGCCAACCCAUAUGUGAAACUGUACUUGUUGCCAGAUUCAUCAAAGUCUACCAAACGGAAGACCAAAGUUGUCAGGAAAUCUUUAAAUCCAACAUACAAUGAAUCUUUUACCUAUCAACUGAAAAGAGAAUUAUUGACCGAGAAGACCCUGCAGUGCUCAGUUUGGAACUAUGACAUGUUCUCUGGAAAUGAGUUGAUGGGUUGCACCAAUAUUGAACUAAAACAUAUUGAUGAUUUGCAAGAUGUGGAGCAGUGGUACAAAUUAAAUUGAAAUAUGGCGAUUCUUUGCCUGAGAUCCCUUGCUUUUACAGUGGUUGGGAAAAGCACACUGUAUACUAUCAGAUGUGAGUUCCUGAGAGCAAAACUGGAUAGACUUCAAAAUCUCACUCUAGAAAAUGAUUCUGCAGCAGGUGCUUGUGCGAAUGCCAAAUGUGGGUGAGAUCAACAGCAUUGAGAAGGUUACCACAAUUACAAAGAACAGCUCUUAUACCAUCUCCAAACUGCAUGUGAAAGAUGACCAAGUGUACGUAGUUGUGCAGGAUUCACAAGCAGUUUCACCUUUUCCAACUGAAGUUUAUGGUAUCUGCUCUUGUGCCAUUGGCCAAAGGUGAUGCAGUUGUGUACAUAGUGGAUUAGUGUUUAAUUUUAACUAUUUUAAUACAAACGUCGCUUGUAGACUUUUUGUACUAUACUUGGAUGACAGUUUGGCUAACUUUUAUUAGUUUUGUAUAUAAUCGAUGCUUUAGUUAAUUGAUAUACAAGUGUGUACUUAUUGGCGUUGUGACAAGACAGCUCCAAACAUUUAUUAUGUUAGUGAAUUUACUAUAGCCAAUUGAAUUGUCUCUUAAAAA